GCUGCUGCUGCUGCUGCUGCUGGGCAGGCGCUGUACGGGAGUCAGGGUCAAGGUGGGUACAAUCAGGCCAUGAUGUAUGGCAGCGGUUUCAACCGCUGGUGAUUGUUUGCCCCCCUUUCUCAUAAUUCAUUAAUAACCCUCCCUCGCCCUUCACUUCUAUCAUUGUUGUUUAUGAUGACUACCCUUUUUGCAUUUUGUUUCUUUUUGCCCAUGCUCCUUUUCUGUCUCCCUUUUUAUUUGAUGACAUGAUAUCAUAUUUCUCUAGAUGGGCGUGGGAUAUGAUUCUUAUGUUUCAGUUUUCCGGACUCAUUGAUUCGAUGUUGAAAACUUUGCGACAUAUUUCCACUCUGCAACGAAAGCAUUAAGCAAACGGCUCUUGAAAACAACAAGAAUUCGGGCUAGGCGUGCCUUUGGCGUUAUCUUCAUGAUUGUUUUUUAUCGUCUUUUUAUGUUUCUCUGUGCUUCCACAUCAUGUUUCUUUUUUGCGUGUUGUCACCGGCUUCCGUGUGGAUGGGAGGCGUCCUUGCACUUUAUGGGCACAUCGUGUCUUCUAGGUCCACUGCGCUUUGGUGGCUGUCGUAUACUUUGUUCUUUUGCAUCCAAGCUGGGUUGAUCUAUCAGCAUCUUGGUGGCCCAUUCGGUCUGGUCAUGGCUUUAUACAAUAUGCCUUGUGUGUCCGUCUGGUUGCAUCGGCCGGGACAUUUGUGUAAUUAAUAUGCCUGCCCUUCCGUACCUUGGUCGUCUCGUUUUGUUUAUAAUAGUCCACUGGCACGCCCUGUUUCUAUUUGUUUCUGCUUGUGUCUUUGGGAGGGGUUCCUUUGCGUUGUUCUUUCUAUCCGGCUCACUCACCCAUCGUCUUGCAGACAUCAGGAAGCUAACGGCGCUUCUAGUGGACGAAGAAUUUCCUCCUCUUGGAGCCCAGCCAAAGGAUAAGCGCCCCGUUGACAGCUUUGGCUAUCUCGUGCGCUCGCAUUUCUCCAGUGACUCGCAAGGCUCAGCUCGUGCUGGAACACCUACC